AUGUCGUCGUUCAAGUUUUCUGCCUUCGAGUACGACCCGCUCCCAACGCCCACCAGCGUCCGCCUCUUGACGGUUCGAAAUCCGCUCGCAAAAGCAUCUCCCACAGUCUGUGGCGUCACUCUGCUCUCCUGCAAGCUGUUCACCGUCGAUCUCAAGGACAAGCCCGAUUUUAACUGCCUCUCUUACACAUGGGGAAAUCCGAACCCCCUGGACCAGAGCAAAGACGGCAGCGAGGACCCAUAUGCUCCGCACAAUCAGUGGCCCAUUUCUGUCAACGGCAGGCUCUUCUUCAUAACAAAGAACCUCUACGAUGCUCUGUCCCAGCUCAGGGUAGACGAGUGGUCUGAUGACGCCAAGGUCGAUUCGCGCUUUGAGCCCUACGACAAGACCAGACUAAUACAGGCUGCUGAGGAUGGCCGAUACGACGACGUGGAGGAUUGUCUUCGCCGCGGCGCCAACGUGCACAAUGUGGACUGCUUCGGCGAGACUGCUCUUCAUUAUGCCGCAGAGAAUGGCCAUCUGGACAUUGUCGAGCUCUUGCUCUCUCAGGGCGCGGAUCGUACCGCGAUUGACAGCACCGACCGCACACCGCUGGAUUGCUGCUUGCAGCGCAAGCGUAGGCGCUACCUCGAUAUAGCCCGCAUACUGGAAAACACAUCGGAUACUUCUGUAACAGUCUCGGGUCCCGGAGUACAGCACCACAGAUCCAAGCCCAUUUGGAUCGACGCCAUCUGCGUGAAUCAGCACGAUUUGCUCGAGAGAAACAUCCAAGUCUCCAUGAUGACACAGAUAUACGGACAAGCCCAGUCUGUCAUUAUUUGGCUCGGCGGCUUUGAUUCAGAGGCUUCCACCGAGUUAUACCACUCUCUGCCUACCAUUCUUUCCUCCUCCGUGGAGUGUUUCAAACGCUCAUGGGAAGCUUGGCACCGUCGGCGGAGAAGAGGCGAAAGUGAUGAGGAUGACCAAGAGGUUCAGAACGAAACCAUUCUCUCCUCUGACAGCAUAAACAUUGUUCUGGAAUUUGUACGCAGGUCCUAUUUCCACCGAAUAUGGGUUCUGCAGGAAGUUGCCUUGGCGCGAGACGUCCGAAUCAUGUUUGGGGGCGACGACCUCCCGUGGGCUGCGCUCUUCCAAGUCUUUCAGUCUGCCAUCGACUUUGAAUAUGUCGCCAUGAAUUACAACACAACUCUCGUCAAAUAUCGUUACGGUGAUAUGGGCACUCUAGCCUGGUCGUUGGCUGAUGUAAGGCUGCACUCGCGCCGCACCAAACUCGAGGACACCAUUGUGACCACGCAGCUCGAGGCCCUUCGGGAAAGCAACCCCGAUUUUGUUGCUAUGGCGCACGAUUGGUGGUGCUCAAAACUCCCUCUUGCGACGCUGAUUGCCUUGACUUGGAACUUUGCCGCCACAGAUCCUCGCGACAAAAUCUUUGCGCUCUUGGGCAUUGCGCAACCCAUUCCUGGCGACGAACCCAUCGUUCCAGACUAUCAUAAGACCAUUACUGAAGUAUUUACACAAGUCGGCAAGGCUUACAUCCAAGCGAAGGGGGACAAUCGAUACCAAGACUGGAGAAGCGGCGAGAUUGAAGACUUUGAGCCACUCGAGGCGCUGUCCUUUGUUCAGGAUAUUAGUGAGCACCAUGAGGGCUGGUGUUGGGUGCGCCCAUUCGCCGACACCCACAACCUGCUACCCCGGCCUGACGACUUGCCGUCCUGGGUACCUUCCUUCCACUGGCCGCUCGCCACGCGACGACUCUUCAGCACAAAGUUUCGUGCCGCCGGCUCGACCGUCGCGCGUAUCCACCCGUUCGAGUCGGAUACUUUGCAGCUCAACGGCCUGAUGGUAGACACUGUCGCUCACGUCGAGAAGCAGCGCCACGAUCCGGCGCGUUGCUACUGCGGCACGGCUAAUGUCCUAGAGUGGCUCCGAACCAUGGCCACCGUCGACUCCAUCUACCCGACGGGCUGCGAUCGCGUCGAGGCCCUGUGGCAGGUCCUCAGCGCAAACUGUUACCUCAAGCGCUCCUUUCCCCUCACCGCCUACAGCUACGCCGAGGAUCCCGUUGGCGAGGACUUUGCCGAUUACAUCAAGAGCACUCUGCCCGCUGAGCUCGUGCACCUUGGGCUGUGCGACGAGCAUGGCAUCCCGGACCCCGACACGGCAGCGUGGCUGCGCGACGUCUUUUGCAAGGACACCUCGGGCUCGUUUCCAGACGUCGAAGAUGUCUUGGCUGCUGUAAAGGUGGCAAAAGAAGAGGACGACAAGGAGGACGAGGAUGACAACGCCGGUGGAGAAGAAGAGGAUGAAGGAGAAGGGAAUGACGGGGAGCAAGCAGAAGCAAAGGCGGCUAGUGGUGACGGGCACGAUGAAUCUCAACACGACGAUGCCGACGAGCAGCUGAUCUAA